AUGCGCCAAGAUCCUCAACCUCCACCCCGCCAUCCUUUCUUUCCCACCGCAUCGUCCUCUCUCCCUUCCACCCGCCGUCGCCUCCCACCCGCCGUCGCCUCUCCUUCCUACUCGCCGUCGCCUCUCCCUCCUCCUCGCCGUCGCCUCUCCCUCCUCCUCGCCGUCGCCUCUCCCUCCUCCCCUCCGUCGCCUCUCCCUCCUCCCCGCCGUCGCCUUUCCCUCCUCCCCGCCGUCGCGUAUCCCUCCUCCCCGCCGUCGCGUAUCCCUCCUCCCCGCCGUCGCCUCUCCCUCCUCCCCGCCGUCGCGUAUCCCUCCUCCCCGCCGUCGCCUCUCCCUCCUCCCCGCCGUCGCGUAUCCCUCCUCCCCGCCGUCGCCUCUCCCUCCUCCCCGCCGCCGCCUCUCCCUCCUCCCCGCCGCCGCCUCUCCCUCCUCCCCGCCGUCGCCUCUCCCUCCUCCCCGCCGCCGCCUCUCCCUCCUCCCCGCCGUCGCCUCUCAAACCUCCUCGCCGUCGCCUCUCCUUCCCUCCCCGCCGUCGCCUCUCCUUCCCUCCCCGCCGUCGCCUCUCCUUCCCUCCCCGCCGUCGCCUCCGGCGACAGGUGCACGAGCGCAUGCGAGACUUGGUUUUUUGUGUAG